CAACUCUACAAGAACUCGCGACCAAAUAUAACUAAAGGCAAUUCGCUUGAUCAGUUCAGAAUUAAAGAGCUGGCAACGCAUAGUAAUUGUAUAUCUCUCCGAAUCCGAAGUGGAUCUUGGUAAAAGAUACAAGCAGAGGCCACGAUUGUCAUCGAAGGUGCCUUAUUGACGCAGCGACGACGAUGCUUUCAGGAUGUCAAACUACAACAGAAAUUCAAAUCAGAGAGCUGCGGUGAUUGACUAUGAUCGACAGUUCCAGGAAGAUCUGGAGCGUGCUCAGGCCCUCAGCUUAGAGAGCUUGGCAUUAGAAAAAUUUCGCAUACAAAAACAACAACAACAACUUCAGUCAUCCAACAAUGGCCAUGAACAUGAUAGCUAUAGUAGUCAGUGUACUGUCUCUGUCACUGGUGGUAACAGUUCAGAGAAUGAUGCACCUGUUAAUGAUAAUAAAUUGCAACUAAGAAGUCGGCCUCGACCUGGUAGUAAUUCAAAUCAGUCAAGAAAUGCAAUGAUUGUACAGCUGCAGCCACCUCCAAUUCCAACACGUAGAAACUCAUCAAAUCAGGCUCAAUCAGCUGAUUUAAUUAAUUUUACCAGUCCUGUUAAGCAAGAUAGUUUGACAGAGUAUUGUACGGCUCCACCACCAUUGCCUUUAAAAACAAAAGUUGAGCCAAAGUGGGAGACUCAUCCUGCACUAUUGAGGAAAAAUUCAAGAGUUUCACGAAGUAACAGCUCAGCAGCUGCAUAUCAAGACUUUAGGUAUAAUAAUGCGCCACCUUUACCUGGACCAAAAUGUUCUACUGCACCAUGUACACCAGGUACUCCAGUUGCAGGAUCAAUUAUGUCAAGAGUAGUUAGUAAUAUACCAGAUAUCAUUCCACAGCCUACCUGGAAUCCAUACAUGUUUAGAACUUAUAUUCUUCAGAUACCGCCUUUGCCAACAGCCUACCGUCCAGCAAUUACAGCAGGAUCAGCAUCGGCAGCAGUAGCAGCAGUUCCGUCAGUAACAGCCACCACUCCAGUAUUGAGUAACAACGCAGUACCUGCACUAACGUAUGGACCGCAACAGACGGACGACAAUAAUCAAUUAUCAGUUCUCAAGGUCAUUGAAAAAAAAGCAAAUAGUAAUCUGAUUGACUUGACCGCGUUCGAACACUUGGAAGAUCGGACUAAUGUCAGAGUAAGCGUGCUCGAGGCAUUCGAUCCACUCUUGGAAAGAAGCGAGGAAAGUGAUUACGCUUGUUUGAAAGGAUGUAAUGAUGAUUUCUUGCAUUCAGAUUCGCGGAUGGAGGGAUCUGUGUACGAUCCGUUCGAUCCGUUUGACUAUAUGUACAGCACGAGCGAGACGGUUAAUUCGGAUCCGGUUUAUGCGGCGGUCGACAAAUCGGCGAAAUCGCCAGCCGCGUCACCGGCGGCGCCGCCGCCGCUGCCACCAAGGAAUUCAUCCGCUUGGAACACGAUUGAAAGAAGGAAAACCUCUUUGGAUAGACGACAAAAGCGACAAACACGUUUGUACGAAAAUGUUCAAGUGACAAAAACGAGAGCUUCACUUCACGAUCCGGAUCUUCUGGCUUUUCACAAAAUGGUCAAAUCUGUUAGAGGUGAAUUUCCAUUCAAUGAUCCAAGCACCAACAUAGGUCACAUUGUAAGCACUAUUAUGGAGAGCACUUAUCCAGAAAACACAAGUGUCAAGUUGAUAGUACAUCCUAAAAUGCUGAAAAAUUCAGUAGAUACUGUACAAUCUAUAUCUUUCACUUGUGAUGUAACUUGCAGCGUAGAACAUGUAAUAUUGAAUGUGGCUUGUUCUUUGGAAGAUGAAAAUACAGUGAAUGCAGAUCAAUUUUGUUUACGAGUUUGGGGUCUGGCCGAGUACUUAGCUCCAAAUACAAUACUCUCACAAUACGAAUACGUUCAUCAAUGCAUUAAAUUAGAAAAAGACAUUGAAUUUGCGAUAGAAACCAAAGUACAAAUGAAGAAAUCAAUCGCUAGAACAUUGCAAGAUGACAAUCGGGAUCAGUGCCUAAAGCUGGAAGAUUUACUACCGCAAGAACCAGCACAACCCAUUUCUUACGAUACGUUACUUAUUUUAUUGGAAACCGUAGAAAAAGAAAUGGAGCGCGUCGAAACCACGGCGAGUCAAUUAGCCACAGCGAGUCAUGGUUCGGGUCUUCUUACACAGCUCCAACCUCGGGGGGUAGUCCAAGCGGUAAAAGCCGUUUGCGCAUUAAUGGGCAGUGUGGAAACUUACGAGAUUACUGAAGCUGUGGAUAAUUUUGUUAACGCAUGCUGCAAGUUUCUUCCGCAGGUUCAUGCAUCGAAAAUUGAAUGCAAGAAGCCUGAGAUUUUAGACGAAGACGGUGAUUACUCGGUUGUUACGCUCAGGACGAAAUUUCCAGACGUCAUUUCGUCCCAUUGUAAUAAGAUAAGGGAUGCUGUACAAGAUCUCGUUGAGACUUAUUGUCAUGCUUUUAGAGUCGAUUUUCAAAUAAGCAGUCGGGGCGAUUAUCCAACGAAUAGCUUAGUAUCAUCACAAGUGAUAGAUACAGUUUUGGUGCGUGUUGGUGCAAUACACAGAAUUCCUGCGUCUUGGAAGCACGAUGACUACAUUGUUGCAGCACAAAUUUUUCACGGUACUAGACCUGUGGGUAAUCCUGUGUUGUCGGAGCCCAUGACUACUUCAAACUCAAACUUUUAUCCGAAAAUUUUAUUCAAUUCUUGGCUUGAAUUUCGUGGUACAAGUGUGUGUCAAGUACCUCGAGAAGCCCGUUUAGUACUUGUGGUUUAUGGUCGUACUGUGCAACCGGAAGAACACGAAUCUAAUGCCUCGUGCUCAAUGGAAAAAGAGGAACUUGGAUGGGGUGCAAUGCAAUUUUUCGAUUUUGACGGUGUUAUGAGUCAAGGCAGUUUCUUUUUAUCGUUAUGGCCAGCUGCCGCGGAUAAGCGUUUGGGUCCAGCACCUGCGCCAGGUAUCCAUCCUCACGGUGAUACACAUCCUAUUAUUAGUUUAGAAUUACCUGACUACGGUGGUAAAGUAAUGUUUCCUUUGGAAUUGAGAGAUCACGACAUCGAAACUUUAGAUUUUAGAUCUUUAGAUCAAAAUACUCAAGAGUUGUUAUCUUACAUCACAGAACAAGACACGUUUUCUAGACCACCAAUAGAAGAAAGAGAAAUAUUAUGGGAAAAAAGACAUUAUUUACAUGAGAAGCCAGAGGCUUUACCAAAAGUACUUUUAGCUGCUCACAGCUGGGACUGGGCAUGCUUACCGGAUUUACAUGCUUCGUUGCGUGUUUGGACUCCUUUACCGCCUGUUCAAGCAUUGCAAUUACUCUUGCCCUGUUUCCCCGAUAUGCAAGUUAGAGAAAUGGCAGUUAGUAGAAUAAAGGAAUUAAGCAAUGACGAGCUUGUCGAUUAUUUACCUCAGUUGCUUCAAGCUCUGAAACAUGAAACUUAUGAGGCAUCUCCAUUAGCAAAAUUUUUGCUAGAAAGAGCCUUAGUAUCGCCAAGAGUUGCCCACCACAUUUAUUGGUUGCUAAACCAAGCUUUACCCGGGCACAAUCCUCAAAAUACUCCCGAAUCGUCUUCUCAAGAUGAUAAGAGUUUAAGUUUAGCAAGAUAUCAUCGACGAUUACAAUUAAUGCUACGUGCUCUAUUAGCUGUAAUAGGGGAUGCUUUACGUAAUAGUUUUUUAGCUCAACAAUUCCUUGUAAAGAAUUUACACGAAGUAGCUGAGAACAUUAAAACUAUUAAAGAAUCUCUACGGCUGGAAGCGCUGAAACUGGGUUUACAAAAUAUUCACUCUCAACUUAUAGAAGAAGAAGGAACUUGCUUACCUUUGUCACCGAGUCGACAAGUAGUUGGAAUCAAUAUUCAAACUUGCUCAUAUUUCCCAUCGUUCACUUUACCUCUUAAAAUCAACUUUAUUGGUUGUGAUAAAGACAUUAGUCCAGCAAUUUUUAAGGUUGGCGACGAUUUGCAGCAGGAUAUGCUCACUAUUCAGAUGGUUCGUAUAAUGGAUAAGCUCUGGUUAAAAGAAGGCCUCGACUUGAAAAUGGUCACCUUUGCCUGCGUACCGACAGGUUACAAACGCGGCAUGAUCGAAAUGGUAACCAAUGCUGAGACACUUCGAAAAAUUCAAGUUGAAUUUGGACUUACCGGUUCGUUCAAAGAUCGGCCUAUUGCCGAAUGGCUAGCCAAACACAAUCCGUCCGAGCUCGAAUAUGAACGAGCGGUAGAGAAUUUCACUGCGUCGUGUGCUGGCUACAGUGUAGUCACAUACAUUUUAGGUAUCUGUGAUAGGCACAAUGACAAUAUUAUGCUCAAAACCUCUGGACAUUUGUUUCAUAUCGAUUUCGGCAAGUUUUUGGGAGACGCUCAAAUGUUUGGUAACUUUAAAAGAGACCGGACUCCCUUUGUGCUAACAUCGGAUAUGGCUUAUGUAAUCAACGGCGGAGAUAAACCUUCAGCCAAAUUUCAUAAUUUCGUCGAACUCUGCUGCCAAGCCUUUAAUAUUGUCAGAAAGCACGGAAACUUGAUCCUUCAUUUAUUUGGCUUGAUGACAUCGUCGGGUAUCGGUGGUGUUACCAUGGACGCAGUUAGUUACGUCCAGAAGGCACUGCUGCCGGGACAAACGAAUCCGGAGGCUGCGGCAACUUUUGCUCGAAUGAUCGAGUCGUCGCUAAAGAGUUGGUUCACGCAGUUCAACUUUUUCUUACACAAUUUAGCUCAGUUGAGAUUCAGUGGUGAUCAUAGCGAGGGAGAGUUAUUGUCCUUCAUUCCCCGCACUUACACAAUGCAACAAGAAGGUCAGUUAACUCAAGUUCAAGUUCACGGUUACCAAAAGAGAUACGAUCCAGAAAAGUAUUACAUGUACAUAUUGAAAAUACAGCGUAAAGGCCAAACCGAUCCCACCUAUCUCUUCAGAUCGUAUAAAGAAUUCUGUGAAUUCUAUCAAAAGCUGUGCAUUCAUUUUCCUUUAGCCAAAGUGGCCAGUUUAUCCAGUGGUAUGAGCGUUGGCAGAUCAAACAUUAAGCAAGUUGCGGAAAAGAGACGAGUGGACAUCGAAAAGUUUCUCGUCAGUUUAUUUAAAAUGGCACCGGAAAUUUCUCAAAGCGAUCUGGUGUACACAUUUUUCCAUCCACUCUUGAGAGAUCAACAAAAUGCUGAUAUACAUCUGAGAAAAGUUAAAGUAGGAAAUUGGUGGGCAGAGAAAAAGUUGCGUGAAAAUGUACAGGCUGGCCAAAUCAAAUUGUCUCUCCAUUAUACUCGGGGUACUCUCAGUGUCAUGGUGUACCACGCCCGGGGAUUGCCCAAGGUGGCCAAUGGUCAGGAGCCAAAUACAUAUGUCAAAGUUUACCUCAAACCAGAUCCGACUAAGGUGACAAAAAGAAAAACUAAAGUUGUGAAAAAAAAUUGUCAUCCCUCUUUUAUGGAAUCAUUGGAGUAUCGUAUGCCCAUAGACGUCAUUAAGGAUAGAACGUUAGAAGCGACGAUAUGGAAUCACGACACGCUCCAAGAGAAUGAAUUUUUAGGGGGAAUUCGUCUGCCACUUGCUAAAAUAAAUUUAGCCCAUGAAAUCGUUGAAUGGUUUCCACUUAAUGGUGUCUAAUGCAUAAUGGCAUGAUUAAGGCGAUAUUCACUUUUUAACCCAAAUGACUCGUUUUUUUUAUACAAGGCUGUGGUAAAAUGUUUCGUAAAUGACUAAAUUUCUCUUUAUGAUGAAUGAACUAUUGUGCACAAAUAAUAAAACAUUUAAAGAACAUAAUUACCAGCGCCGGAGAAAUAAUUUAAAAUCAUCGUAAUUGUAGAUUUGGAAAAUGAUGUUUUAUAUACUCAACUCAUGACCCUCAAUACACGCGAUUUAUACUUUAAUAUAUGUAUUAAGUAACACUAGCGAAUGCAGUAUACAGAUGAAUGAGAUGUGAGAAUGAAGAAAAAAUUAGACUUGUUGCUUGUGAUAACGGUUUUUAAACAGUUCAUUGGAAGGUACAUUAUAAUAUUUUAUCAUGUACAUCGGAGAUGCUUCAAUUUUUUAAUGAGUCGUUUUAUUAUUGGGUUUUUGUCAAUAAUGAAUUGUACAUAAAUUUUUAUAUCAUGAAUGGAUUUUUCACCGCUGUUAGGCGAAUCUUAAUGAUUAUGCGUUUCAAAAAUCGCGACGUUUUUCUCUCAGAUUCAUAUUACAGCUUAUACACAAAUGAAUAAUGUCCAAAAGUAUACACGCCAUGAUACCAAAAUAUUAUCAUAAUUUUUAUUAAUAUAGCUUUAAUUGAAAUAAAAAAUCUGUGUAUUAUCAAAAUUA